CUCGUCCAUCACUUGCUCCCUACUCGCCGGCCCCUCCGAUCGGACUGAUCGUUCCAUCCAGGCCGUGCCAUGGAAGGGAUUUGGAUCUGGAUCUGAAGCCGCCAUCUCUCACUUUACGCUCGUCCCUGCGCCACCGGACACCCGCCCUCCGACAGUCCAGUCCAAUCCAGUACAGUUGUAUGCCUGCUCGCUCAGCCUUUCUUCCUCCAUUCCGCCCGCCCGCCCAACUCCAGAACCUCCUCGACCAGUCCACUAUUCUCCUAGAUGUCCUUCCUUCUCCUCCCCCGCCAUCGCCUCAUUCGACCUUGACCUCUGUCUGUGGGUCUACACCAUAGGUUACGUCGCACCCGUGUCUCGGGCACCUGCAUCGUCCACCGAAUCAUGGCCUCCCACGCCGCCAUGCUCCUGGACCCGCGGGCCUACAAGAAACGCCUCCAACAGAAAAACAAGAACAAUGGAACUGCCCAGGAACCCUCGACUCCCCAGCGCGGUGGUGUUGCUGUUCUAAGUCCCCGUCGGAGGCAGCCGUCGCAGAGGGGUAGCCCGAAGUCGAAUUCUAGAUCACUGUCGCGCUCUACAAGGUCGUCGAUCGCCCGGGAUACUGCGAGUUCGUCGCCGCAGCACGAGGCUAGUACGGAGCCAGUGGUGGAGGUGGAAUUUACUAAUGCUCAUCUUGAAGAUGAGCGGAGUGAUGGGAAGAGGGGGUCGGAGCAGAUGGACGAUGCGCGACAUGGGAGCUUGAUUGAAAAUCAGCCAUAUAAGAGGAUCAAGGUGGAUGGGGAUCAAGAUCUGAGGUCAAGGGCUCGGAGGUUUCCGGUGGGAAACACGGGGCUGGGCAAAUGGGUGAAGGAGGGUCGUUCCCAAUCGGAUUCACCCGCGGUGGUGCCGAAUGUUGUCGAUCUGACUACUGAUGCUUCAGCAGCAACAACUGAUGACGAUGAUGUACAGGUUACUGGGUCCAACAACCUCAGUCUCCAGAGGGUCUGCUACGGCAAGAUUGAGAAUGCUACGAUCCAGGCGCAAUUGGUUCCCAAGCCGUCGUCGCAGACCAUGUUUAGCGGUUCCACGCACGACUGGCCUUCGAUGAAGCUUGGGGUGCACCGACAGCCGGGUCAGAAUAAUCGAAUUGAGGUGUCGGAUCCUAACGGGAAAGUCUUUGGACUCGUUGAUGCGAAGACGGCAUCGGUGAUCGUUCCGCUUCUCGACUCGCCGGCGUUAACGGUGAACAUCACGGCUCGAUUGGAUGUGCGGAGAAGAAAGGACGGCGAGUGGCCGUGGGCGCCGUGCUCCAGUAUCUAUCGAGCGUCCGUCAAUCUGUAUGGCCUAAGGAAAGAUGCGGUGGGUGUGGGCAAACAUCUUGGUCAGCAUAAUGUCUGGCUGGGAACGCCAUUCUCGGUGGAGCUGGGCGUGCCCGUGUGCAACCCGCACGCCGAAAGGCGACGAAUCCCUCCGGCUUUGGGGCCUGCGGGGGCCGCGAGAAGCCGAGUGGGAGUCAACUAUGAAGUGCGAACAGCAGAAGAGGUGAAUGACGCGGUGAUGAAGAUGUUCGAUCAGCUGCAGAGCGCUGACAACCUUCCCGAAAUGGAUCCUCCGCCGUCUCUGUCCACGCCGUUAUUGCGCCACCAGAAGCAGGCGCUGUGGUUCAUGACGGAGAAGGAGAAGCCGCGCAAGUUUGGGCCUGAGGAGGCAGACAACAACUCGCUCUGGCGGGUGGACUAUCGCGCGAACGGCAAGAAGAGGUAUCGCGAGGUUAUUAGUGGGACGGUGCUCGACGAGGAGCCCCCACAAAGCUUGGGAGGAUUGCUGGCGGACAUGAUGGGGCUGGGAAAGACAUUGAGCAUUCUGUCGCUUGUUCUUUCUUCGCUGGAGGAGGCGAGCCAGUGGACAGGUCUGAUCCCGGAUCCUGACAUGGUCCGCAGCUUGCCGGGCAUCCGAAAUACCAAGACGACGUUGCUGGUAGCACCACUCAGCGCGGUGAAUAACUGGGUGGCCCAAAUCAAGGAACAUCUCCAGGCGGAUGCUCUGUCGUACUAUGUAUUCCAUGGCUCGUCGCGGACCAACGACGUGGAUGAGCUGUCCAAGUACGAUCUGGUGAUCACUACGUACAGCAUUGUACUCAGCGAACUGUCUGGGCGAGGGGCCAAGCGCGGCGUCAGCCCGUUGACUAAGAUGAACAUGUUCCGUAUUGUUCUGGAUGAAGCGCACACGAUCCGAGAGCAGAGCGCGGCACAGACGCAGGCCAUCUUUAAACUCAACUCCCAGCGGCGGUGGUCCGUGACGGGCACGCCCAUCCAGAAUCGCCUAGAAGAUCUCCUGUCGGUCACCAAGUUUCUCGGGCUCUUCCCGUAUGAUGAUCGCGGGCGAUUCGGGAUUCAUAUCCUUAGUCGCUUCAAGACGGGAGACGCAACCGUGCUGGCCAGCUUGCGGGUGCUUGUGGACUCGUUCACACUCCGCCGGGUCAAAGACAAGAUCGAUUUGCCAGCGCGGCAUGAUAAGAUCAUCAUGCUCACAUUCACAGAGAAGGAGCAGCAGCUGCACGAAUUCUUCCGCAAAGAAUCCAACGUGAUGAUGCGGGUGAUUGCCGGCGAGGAGCAGACUAAGAUGAAGGGCCGGAUGUACCAUCACAUCCUGAAAGCCAUGAUGAUCCUCCGGCAGAUCAGCGCGCACGGCAAGGAGCUUCUAGAACCGGAUGACCGCAAACGCAUCAAGGGCAUGAGUGUGCAUGACGCCAUUGAUCUCGAGGAGGGCGCUGGUGACACGACUGGGGCCACAGACAAAAAGGCGUAUGAGAUGUUCACGCUGAUGCAGGAGUCGUCAGCGGACACGUGCGCUGUGUGCGGGAAACGCCUGGAGGAGCCCAGUUCCGACAACGGACCGACAGACCGACGAACUGCCAUGGCGAUCGUGCUGCCGUGCUUCGAUGUCCAAUGUCCGGACUGUUUCUCGGAUUGGAAAGAUGCCUUCGACAACCCGGGCCCGGCUCACGAUAUCAAAUGUCAGGUCUGCGACGGCUGGAUUCCAGCGUCGUACUCGAUGAUCACUGUGGGCGGACUGCAAGACUAUAUGAUGGACCAGGCGCAGGCCAAGCAGAGCCGACGGCACGGCAAAACGCUGGGGGAGUAUGGAGGGCCGCACACCAAGACCAAGGCGCUGAUGGCGCAGCUACUGGAGAGCGCGGAGGAGAGCCAGGGACAGGACCGGCCAAUCAAGAGCGUGGUGUUCUCGGCGUGGACGUCGCACCUGGAUCUGAUUGAGAUUGCACUGCGCCACAACGGCAUCACCGGGUUCACGCGGCUGGACGGGACGAUGACACUGGCGGCGCGGCACAAGGCGCUGGAGGAAUUCCAAUACAACGACGGGAUCACGGUGCUGCUAGCGACAAUCGGAGCGGGGGGAGUGGGCCUGAACCUGACUUCGGCAUCCAAAGUCUAUAUCAUGGAGCCGCAGUACAACCCGGCGGCGGUAGCACAGGCCGUGGACAGGGUUCAUCGGAUUGGGCAGCAGCGCGAGGUCACGACGGUGCAGUUUUUGAUGAAGGGAAGCAUUGAAGAGAAAAUCUUCGAAUUGGCGAAGAAGAAGCAGCAGUUGGCGGAUCUGAGCUUGAACCGGGGAAAGUUGGAUAAGAAGGACGUACAGGAGCAGCGGAUGCGGGAGUACCGGGGAUUAUUUAAGUGAGUGGAGAUGAUGCGGUGAAUCUGGUUGAUACCCUGGCGUUGGAGUGCAUUUGAUUUAUGCUGCAUUUAUUGCUUUGCUUUACUCUGCUCUUUGCUCUUUGCUGUUCAUCUGGCUACCCAUAUAAUACACGAUAGACCAGUGAUAAUAGAGACGCAAGUCAAUCA